AUGCGACGUGGAAUAUUCACAAUGACCAACAAUCUCGCCCAACAGCUCAAGGCUCUUCACAAGCCAUCAUCACCCAUCAUCUUCCCAAAUGUAUGGGAUGUAGCUUCAUUCAAUACAGUCACUUCUCUCAAUACAGCAACCUCCAAGCCUGUCAAAGCUCUUGCGACAGCUUCUUGGGCUGUUGCUGCUACAUACGGCGUCAAAGAUGAAGAGCUCACCCUCGAGCAGAACCUCGAGGCAAUUGCCAAAAUUGGUCCUCUCGCCAAAGCGGCCGGUAUUCCUCUGUCCGCUGAUCUACAAGAUGGUUAUGGUUCACAGCUUGUAUCCGUUAUUCAACGAGCCGUUGCAGCAGGCGUUGUAGGCGCCAACAUUGAAGAUGUGCACCCAGAGAACAACACCUUUUAUCCAAUCACCGAACAAGUGCAACGCCUAAAAAGGAUUCUUUCAACCGCCGCAGAAGCAGGCUGUCCAGAUUUUGUCAUCAACGCCCGCUGCGACAUGUUCCAUAUCGACACAGGUCUCUCAGAGGCACAAGUCAUGGAAGAAGCCAUCACACGUGGCAAGGCAUAUCUCGACGCGGGUGCUACAACCGUGUUUUACUGGGGCGGUUCAGGACGGGGGCUGAGAGAUGCUUGGGUCGAGACUUUGGUCAAGGAGUUAGAUGGGAAGGUCGCUGUCAAGCUGGCGCAUAAGACUCAAGAUGCGCUGUCGACUAAGGACUUGGCGAAUAUUGGUGUUGCGAGGAUUAGUGUUGGGCCGAGCUUGUUUUUAUUGGCGCAGGAUGCUGCGAAGCAGGCAGCAGAGAGGAUUUUGGCUGGAGAGAAUUUGUAG